UAUGUUUAAGAUAUUGACUUUGCUAUUAAUUGUUAAGCUAUAUGCAACUGAUCUAAAUACAUAAAAUACUGAAUCUGAAGCAUAAUAAUAAUAGUAAUAGCAAUCUGAAAUAGAAACUGAAGGUCAAAAGUAAAUUUAUUGAUUAUUCGAAUAGAGUAAUUGCUAAACUAACUGCUUGUUGGGUUUUAUCAGUUUAAGAAUUAUCAGAAGAAUAAAAAUAAAUCAAUGAAAUAAUUAAGAGUUAAUCUAAUUUGAAUAGGGAAACCAUCUUUUAUAAAAUCUAGACAACUAUGUUGGAAGAAUGUUAUUCAAAGGCCCCUGAAGAAGAAUUGAAUAAUGUAAUGAGAUCUAUUUAGGAUGACUAAAAGAAUUACAAAUCUUUCAAAUAACAAAUACCAGAUUUCAAUUUUGAUUAAUUUACUAAUACCUCUUUUGAUUGGACUUUCACUAAAAAUGAUGAAACUUUGAUGAAAUAUAUUAGAGUAAUUAUAACUUAAAUUAAUAUUAGAGAUUUGAAGAAUGGGUUACUACUAAAAACACAGUUAGUAGUCCAGUACAAUAACCUAAUUAAUAAUAAAGUGUUUUUGCUGAGUUAAAAAAGAAGAUAUCUGAAAUGAGUAAGAAAAGUUAAGCCAAAGAUUCAGAAUCUAAUAAUAAGGAUUAAUUAGAUAAAUAUUAAUUUUACUUAUCUAAAUAAUAAGGAAUGAAAGAUCCAAUCAACUAUUUGUUUGCAGCAAUUGCCAUUUUUAGUUUCUGUUUUGUAUUUUAUAUUGGUAUUUAUUAUAAAAUAUAUAAGUUUAUUCCAAGGUUAAAUAAUCUAAUUAAGAUCCAAGAUUAGAUAAAAAGAAUAAGAAACAGAAAUCAAAGAAGGAAUGA